UGACGUCAGCUUUGGAAGCGCGCUGAGAGCGCACCUUCAGUCAUCCGCUGACGGUCGGUGUGCAACAACCAUUUUCUGAAACCUAGUGGAGUGUAUGAAGUGACGUUAUACCGAAGCAACUAUGUCCCACUCUGUAACAAUUAGAACACACACAGUGACGACCAGUUCGUCAACAAUUAUUAUCAACACCGGUUAUAUGAAAACUUGGAGCGGUAUAUUAAAAUUGUUAGAAUUGGCGUUUGGUAUAGUAUGCGUGGGAAUUAUCGGAAACGAAUUUACAUAUUACACGUACUAUUUAGGCACGCCAGAAUGUUUCUUCCUCGUUACAACUUCUGCAUUUUUGAUUGGCACGUUUAUUAUUUUUCUUAGUUGUUUACUGUCUCUUUCUACCGCAACUAUUUUAUCAAAAUCGCUUUAUGAACUCCUUUAUCAUUCCAUUGCAUUUGGAUUAUUAUUGGCAGCAUCUUUGACGCUAAUAAUACACGUUAAUAACUAUUAUAAACAUCGAAGUAACAGAUAUGAACUGGUAUUAGGCGCUUCUAUUUGUGGUCUCAUAAACACUGCUUUGUAUCUCGUCAGUACGAUUAUCGCUCUUCGCGGUUACAGAAGUCUUUGAACGGUCAAAUGCAUUCGUGACUUUUUUAAAAAGCAAAUUACAAGCUUAUUAUACAUAGGUUUUACUUGUUUAUUUAUAAAACGUAAAUUUACAUAUUUUACGAAUUUGAUUUAACUGUACAACGAAUUUUGUGUAAUGUCAGAUAUAAACUUUGAUAAAUGCUGAAAAACAGAGCGACAGGAAAUUAUAUUUUUUUGUGAUGCAGACUAAUUUUUCACUCAUUUUAUUUUUGUUUUUUGUCAAUUGAUAGUAUUCGCAUACUUUGUAUUUUUAUAUAAAUAUUGGCCUAUAUGUGUACAUGUGUGAAUAGAUUGCGAAAUUAAAACGUUUAUUCAAUGUCAUUAAUAUUGUUCAUUGUAGUCAUAAACAUAUAUAAAAAUGUUCAUGUUGAAGAAUUCUACUUUUUGUAAAUAAAAUAGAAUGCUACAGCAAGAGUGAGAAAAAUUGUGCGAUAUCUACAUUACUUAAACUUAUAUGUGAAAUUCUUAUUGUACGUGUUUUAUAUGUGCCAUUUACACUUUAUAUAGUCUUUAUAUAGCGAAUAAUUGUGUGAUUUUUGACUCUAAUAUAUUUUUGCAAAAUAUAUAUCUACUUAAUAUAUA